AUGAACUCACAAGAGGAGCGACUAGCCUUGGGCCGAGUCACGGCCGUCAAGGAACUCACACGCUCCAUCGAUGACAAAAAGGCGCGCGAAGCCAGCAAGAACGACGAGGUGCCUGAGAAGGAGGGGAACGAUGCGGAUGACGCAGACGCUGUAGACUACGAAGAGGAAGCGGAAGAGGCGGACGACGAGACAGUCGAAGUGGACGACAAAAAAUACGCGAACAAGGCACUCUCCAAGUACAAAGGCAAGCAGAACACCGACCCCGACGAAGACGAUGAGAGGCAUAUCAGAGGAGUUAUACAACGCUUUGUAGAUGCAGGAUGGGAUAGGAAUGAUCCAAGAGUGAAAGCCAAGGUAGAGGCGGAAUACAAGGUUUUGCGUGCCAGGAAAGCCGCCAAAUUUGGAUACAAGUUCAAUCCGAUUGUAACGCCGGCUCGGAGUUUUAAAUAUUCCAAAAAAGAUCUGCCUAAUCUGUUCGAGGGGUACAAAGAUAAUAUUGUGCUGAAGUUUUCGGACAUGUUUGCCCCUCGAAGGGAACUAGUGCCCAUUGGCCGAGGCACAAAGACCGAUAAAAACGCGGAAAGGGCCUUUGUCCCAAAGCCCGAUGAGAGAGCCAUUUUCUCAGACUUUGUGGCACCCAAGGCGGUCCCAAAGCACAGGAAAGCGGUGACUGUCGAAAAAGAACCGACAGCUGCUGUUGAUGGGAAGGACGGCACGGCUGCAGGGGUAGUUGACGUAUCAAAAGAUGCGGAGACAAGCGACGCAAAGAAGAAAAAGGAAGCCAAACCGAAAACGCUGAAGGCUGCUGACAGUGUAGUCGACCCGUCUGUGGCGGAGUUUGUGCAUGAGGCAUACACCGCACAGUGGCCCCUACUGCCCGUUGCGCAGAAGCUGUGGGAAGAGAGUCUGGACUGGGGGGAGGAGGACGAGGAGACGGAUAAGGUGAUGAUAUUAGACGACGACCUCAACGACCAAUGGAAAGUCAGUCCUCCAUCAGACAGUGAGACGGAAAUCGAAGAGGCCACAGAGGAUGGAUUGGAAGCCGUGCAACCAGCUAUCAGGGGCAGCUCGAACAAUAGCAGCCAGGCGAAUCGGAUAUCGCUGGCAGUUCCAACACCCCGGCCCGCUACACCUGGACCUGGGACACCCGGACAGGUUGUCCCAGAAUCUCCUGCUGGGUCCAUGAACGGAGACUUGGGAGGCGGCAGUGGUCCGGAUAGAGACAAUAAUGCCAGUAGCAACGAUGCGUCCAACAGCGCCAACGGCAACAACACGUCUGCCGGCGCAGGAGCUAACAACAACAACAACAACAACAACAACAAUAGUAGUAGUUUUAGUAAUUAUAAUAGUAAUAGUAUUAGUAAUAGCGGCGGCUCCUCGCUCAGUGCUUCGAAUCAAUUGCGGGGCAAAUCCCACGAGGCGUUGGAGUACUCGCGAGUGACUCCGGUCAAUACCGAACUGCUAUACGGCAACUGGGACAAGGAGGUGGUGUGGGACGACAGCAUCAUCCCGGCCGUUCCCAUGGCAACCAAUGUGCUGCUGGACCUGAACGACACCAAGAUCCUGUUUGACCAGGGUGUGGGUGCGCCCCUGCCCCCAAAGAUCCAUGUGUUGGAGGACCCUGCACCUGGCGUUGAUGGUAUGGGUGCGUGUGGAAAACCGACUAAAACGUACGUUUACGGUUUGGUUUGGUUAGUUUAG